UCUGUUGUGCAUCUGUAGGGUUGGGUGGUUGUGCCAAAUAAACCAUAGAAUACAAAUCGUAAAUCGUGGUUGAAAGUGGUUGGAAGCUUAUAACCCUAAUAAGUGGGCUAAGUGGGUGUAACUGUCUUAGCGUGUGUUGGAAGAGAAAUCUUAGUGAUGCCCGGCGAUCAGGAAAUUAAGAAACAGAAAACUACACUUCAAGUUGCAACUAAUGUGACUGAACAGAAGCACCAUGUGUCACGAGAUAAGAGAGGUCAAAUUCUUGGAAACCUCCGAGGCUUCCGGGGCUGUACAGUGUGGUUCACAGGUUUGUCAGGAGCUGGGAAAACAUCAAUAGCUUUUGAGUUGGAAGCUUUUUUGGUUUCACGUGGUAUCCCGGCUUAUGGACUUGAUGGAGACAAUAUCAGAACAGGCCUCAACAAAAAUUUGGGCUUCUCAAAGGAAGAUCGAGAAGAGAAUAUCAGACGUGUGGCAGAGGUUGCCAAACUCUUUGCAGAUAGUGGUGUUGUCUCUCUCUGCAGCUUUGUUUCCCCAUUUUCUGAGGACAGGGAAAUGGCAAGAAAAAUUCACAAAGACAGUGACCUUCCAUUCUUUGAGGUUUUUGUGGAUACACCACUGAAUGUUUGCGAACAACGAGAUGUGAAAGGCCUGUAUAAGAAGGCAAGGCAAGGCAGCAUUAAAGGUUUCACUGGUGUUGAUCAAGUUUAUGAGAAGCCAGAGGCACCAGAUCUUGUCGUGAAAACUGUUGAGAGCACAGUUGAAGAGAGCAUGCUGCAGGUGGUUGAGAUGCUGGAAGAACAGGGAAUUAUUCCUACAACUUUACGUUCUUCUGAUAUUGUAGAAGAACUUUUUGUGCCAGAGAAUCGUGUGAAGGCAGCUAAAGAAGAGGCGCAACAUUUGCCAUCACUGGAGAUCACAACAGUUGAUUUGCAGUGGGUGCAAGUGCUUGCUGAAGGCUGGGCCACUCCUCUGAAAGGGUUCAUGAGAGAAGAUCAGUUCUUGCAGACUCAGCACUUCAGCUGUCUUCUGGAAGGAUCUGGUGUAAAUCAGUCUAUACCAAUAGUGCUUCCUGUCUCAUCUGAAGACAAAGAACGAUUGGUCGGGUUGUCAUCAUUUACUCUUUCUUAUAAUGGUCAUUGUGUGGCAAUCCUGCGUAAGCCUGAGUUUUAUCCUCACCGUAAAGAAGAAAGAGUCUGUAGACAGUUUGGUACAUGUCACAGAGACCAUCCAUAUAUUAAGAUGAUCUAUGAGAGUGGAGAUUGGCUGGUGGGUGGUGACAUUGAAGUCUUGGAGCGUAUACGGUGGGGAGAUGGGCUGGAUGGCUACAGGCUCACUCCUAAUGAGCUCAGAGCUAAAUUUAAAGAAAUGGGAGCUGAUGCUGUGUUUGCUUUCCAGUUGAGAAACCCUGUCCACAACGGACAUGCUCUCUUAAUGCAGGACACUAGGCGACGUCUGUUGGAAGAGAAAGGCUUCAAGAAACCAGUCCUGCUCCUUCAUCCUCUGGGAGGCUGGACCAAAGAUGAUGAUGUGCCACUUCCUGUUCGCAUUCAGCAACAUCAAGCUGUUUUAGAGGAGGGAAUUCUUGACCCACAGAGUACUCUUCUUGCCAUAUUCCCUUCACCCAUGCAGUAUGCUGGACCUACUGAGGUACAGUGGCAUGCAAAAGCUCGCAUGUCUGCUGGUGCCAACUUCUAUAUAGUGGGUAGAGAUCCAGCAGGUUUACCACACCCUGACAAGGACUUGAAAUGUGAUUUGUAUGAUGCCACACAUGGUGCUCGUGUGCUCAGCAUGGCCCCGGGGCUGCAUACACUGGAGAUCAUUCCAUUUAGAGUUGCUGCUUAUGACAAGACAAGAAGCAAAAUGGCUUUCUUUGAUCCCCAGAGGAAACAGGAUUUUGAGUUCAUCUCUGGAACAAAAAUGAGAGGCUUAGCUCGAUCUGGGCAGCUGCCCCCUGAUGGCUUUAUGUCACCAAGAGCCUGGAAGGUUCUUUCAGGAUACUACCAGUCUCUGUUCAGUACAUAGGUAAAUGUGUGAAAACAUUCAUAUACUGGCAAUUAUGGAAGCGAAGGAAAGAAGUUUGAGGUUUUCACAUUGGUGAAGAUGCAUAUGGUGGUCUUCCAAGUUAUGAUGCAAUGUAGUCUCCUCGUUGUGUUCUUGUUGGCCACCUUGACCCUACAUUCCUCAGAUUUUCCAAUUCAUGACUCUGUUUCUGGAAUGGCCAGUCGAAGCCAUGCUUGAGGCUGUUUCCUUCUCCUGUCUUGUACACACACACAAAAAAAAAAACAGUUUUGCACCUUCACUCAUUUCUUGUCCAAACAUGAAGGCAGUAUCUUUCUCUGAAAUAUUGGUGUCCCUGUAUCAGACAGAGUAUGUUGUGUCAUAACCAAAAUUCCAUAGUAUGAAGAAAUAAAGAGGAAAAUGUGAAUGUAUUUGUUGUUAUAAGAAGUACAUAUAUGAAAUUCUACGUACAGAUUAAAAAAUGUUUGUAUAUAAUGAAGGGGACCUGGGAUAACUCACUUGGUAUAGUGAUGGGCUGUGGGCUGGAUGGCCAGGGUUCAAUUCCUGGCAGGAGCAAGAAUAUUUUUCUUCCUCACAUUGUCCAGGCUAGCUCUGGGGCCCACACAGCCUUGUGUUCAGUUGGUAUGGGGCACUUAAUAAUUAAUUAUUAAUUCAGCACAGGGACAACUUUACAUUCAUAUGCAAUGAAGGUUUUAGGCUACAGUACUGUCUGUUUGUUAUAGCGAUUUUUAUUUUAUUUGGUAUACAGUGAUUCUGUUUGUUCUUUCAUAUGUUUAGAUUUUAUUUCUAAUUAAAUGUAGCCUACAAUGAAUAUGUAUUAUAUACAUUGUAAGUUAAUUAAUUCACUGUACAUUGUCAAAUAAUUGCAGCUAAAGAAACAAUGCAUAAGUUAGGGAAAUGAUGUAUAAAUUACAAAAGAAAUCACUUUAUUACAUAAAUAUGCUAAGUAUACUUACAUCAUAGACAGUCUGCACUACAAAAGUGAUUACAUUUGGAACUGAAGCAAUGUGGCAAGGUGCAGUGAAAUGUGUGUUUAGUUUUGUUCAUUCUGCCAUUAUCUUAUUAUGUAUGUUGACAUGAUUUGUCACCUUUUGAAUAUUUUGAGCACUCACAUUAAGAGACGGCAAUUUUCUUGGCUGUUAGUAAAGUAACAAUAAUUUAUAUUGCACAAUAUGAAUGCAGAUGUCACAUAAUAUUUAGACUCUCAGCAUAAUAAACAUGCUGCUAAUCACUAACCCAGUGUAAAUAAUGAUUAAAACAGAGCACAAAAUAUCUGUGUUGGCAAAAGCAGUAUUUUGAUUCUGAGAUUGCCUGAACAUAGUUCAAAUACUGCCAUUUUGUCCAUUCAUUGUUAUUGCUUGUAUUUGUAUACCAAGCAGCUUCAGGAGUUGAUGCAGCAGUAUUAAAAAUUGAUACACCAAUAUGAAUUAUUAUUUACUAGGUGUGUAAUUGCAAAAAUUUCUGAGGUUAUUUGUGUGUGUAUAAGUAAUUUGCCAGUGAUGUCACAGACUUCAUGGAAUUGAUGAUGUCGGCUAUUAUCAUGUGAUCAACAUAGCAUAAUAUACAAGUAAUACACUAUUGGCCUCUACUGAGGGGUUUCACAACAUACAGUACCUGUGUCAUGGGCAACAUCUGACAGUCAGUUAUUCCUUUAAUCACACUGCUAGAGCUGGUUAUGGGAUAAUUUGUGUUAUUGACAUUUUGUAUGUUAUCUAUGCAUAUUAUGAACAUGUAGGAGGUUGUACCAAAAUGUGGAUGGUAACUUGCCAGAGGCAGACUCUGUAGUCUCAAGCAAAUCAAAGAACUGGUUUUUAGGGG